AUGGUAGCUCAACGUCCAACCGAAUCUGUUGGUCAAAUUGCGUAUAGAUUAUCAAAGAAACGUAUAAAAAUUAGUGAAACCACAUUAAGAAGAAGAUUUGAAGAGGCUGGUGUACAAUCAAUGAAGCCAACUUCCAAACCACUGCUAACUAAUGACCAUAUUAAAAAAAGACUCCAGUGGGCUAUAAAACACAAAGAUGUUGAUUGGAAUCAAACUGUUUUUACAGAUGAAAGUUCAUUUCAUAUGAAACAAGUGAUAAGACGUGUGUGGAAAAAGCGUGGUGAAAAAUAUUAUGUUUCAACAAUCAAACAUCUUGCCAAGGUUCACGUUUGGGGUUGCUUCAGCAAAAAUGGAUUCGGAAAGCUGGUAUUAUUUAGACGAACAUUGAAUUCAAAGCUUAUGUGGAAAAUUUACCAGAAUGGACUCCUACCCUCAGUAAAAAAAUGGCUUGGUGAUAAUAGCAAUCAUUGGAAACUUUUAGAAGAUAAUGAUCCGAAACAUACCUCAAAAACGAGUAAAACGUUUAAGGCCAACAAUGGCAUGCAAUCAUUACCCUGGCCAUCGCAAUCUCCAGACUGUAACCCAAUCGAAAAUGUAUGGGCAUUAAUGAAGCUCAAAAUAAAUCAACAACCACCUACAUCAAUCAAUAAUUUCAUUGCAAGAAUAAAAUAA